UGUGUUAAUUAGUAUUGAAAAGAGAGGAGAUCAAUAAGGGCAAAGGAAGAAUUGAAGAGACACACAAAAAUAUUAUUUGCUCAAGUGAAUGGAGCCACGCCUUCUGACAAUAUUCUUUGUGGUUCUUUCAUUCUCACCAUUUGUUCAGUCCUUGGUGCGUCAUUACAAGUUUAGUGUGGUCUUGAAGAAUACCACUAAGCUUUGCUCCACAAAAUCAUUUGUCACGGUCAAUGGACAAUGUCCAGGGCCUACUCUCUAUGCAAGAGAGGAUGAUACGGUUAUUGUAAAGGUCACUAACCACGUUAAGUACAAUAUUACAAUCCACUGGCAUGGAAUCAAACAGCUUCGAACUGGUUGGUCUGAUGGGCCAGCAUAUGUUACACAAUGUCCGAUUCAGCCAGGGCAGAGCUAUGUCUACAACUUCACCAUCAAUGGUCAAAGAGGCACACUUCUCUGGCAUGCACACAUCACGUGGCUAAGAGCCACGGUGUAUGGUGGCAUUGUCAUAUUGCCUAAACGAGGCAUUUCUUAUCCAUUUCCUAAACCUGACAAAGAAAAGAUAAUCAUUCUAGGUGAGUGGUGGAAAUCAGAUGUUGAAGCAAUUCUCAAUCAGGCUGAAAAUUCUGGUCUGCCACCGAACAUAUCAGAUGCUCAUACCAUCAAUGGUCAUACAGGACCAAUUCCCGGUUGCACUUCUCAGGGUUACACUCUGCAUGUUGAAAGUGGCAAGACCUAUCUUCUACGCAUAAUAAACGCUGCUUUGAACGAUGAACUGUUCUUCAAAAUUGCGGGGCACAAGUUAACAGUGGUUGAAGCAGAUGCAUCUUACGUUAAGCCUUUUGAAACAGACACAAUUUUCAUGAGCCCAGGCCAAACCACCAAUGUCCUAUUAACCGCUAACCAAGUUGUUGGCAAAUACCUAAUAGCAGUUACUCCUUUCAUGGACGCCCCUAUAGGCUUUGACAACGUUACUUCAAUUGCUACACUUCGCUACAAAGGCACACCACCUUAUCCCAAAACAACACUAACCACCAUUCCUGCACUAAAUGCAACUCCUUUAACAAGUGACUUCAUUGAUUCCCUAAGAAGCCUUAACUCAAAAGAAUACCCUGCAAUAGCUCCCUUAACCGUUGACCACUCUCUUUUCUUUUCCAUAACUGUAGGCCUUAACCCAUGUCACACGUGUCUCACUGGGGCCAGGCUUGUGUCUGCUAUUAAUAACAUCACCUUUCUAAUGCCAACAACCACAUCACUUCUUGAAGCACAUUACUAUAACAUAAAGGGUGUUUUCACUGAUGAUUUCCCUUCAUUCCCACCUAUAGCUUUUAAUUACACUGGUACUCAACCAGCUAAUAUUCAGACAAAUAAUGGCACAAGACUAUACAGAUUGGAUUUCAAUUCAACUGUUCAGAUUAUUCUCCAGGGCACUGCAAUGAUAGCACCAGAAAAUCACCCUUUUCAUUUGCAUGGGUACAAUUUCUUUGUUGUUGGCCAGGGGCUAGGGAACUUUGAUCCAGAGAAGGACCCAUUGAGUUUUAAUCUUGUUGAUCCAGUUGAGAGAAACACCAUUGGGGUACCAAAUGGUGGAUGGGCAGCAAUCAGAUUCAGAGCAAAUAACCCAGGUGUUUGGUUCCUGCAUUGCCACUUAGAAGUACACACCACAUGGGGACUUAAGAUGGCAUUCAUAGUAGACAACGGGAACGGUCCCCAUGAGUCCUCGCUUCCACCACCCAAAGACCUUCCAAUGUGCUAAAGUUUCUGAUGAAAUUUGGAAUCUGAGAGAGACAAUGAGAGUGUACAUUAUUAUGCUGGAGAGGUGAUGUCACGGCCUAAGGGGAAGACAUCAAAUUGUUUGUGACAGUUUGUGAAGUUGGAUUUGUAGCAGAAAUCAAUAAAAACUUGCUGUAGAUAGCAAUUCAAGGCCUUUUUAUUCUAUUGUCAAGUUUAGGAUACUAAUGUAAGUUUUGGGUUCAUAAAAAUGUGAUGUAUGUGCUUGGUAAAAUUUCAAUUUGAUAAAAAUGGUCUUUUAGAAUUCCUAUUC